CAUUUGAUUUGGACUAUAAUAUAUAUAUUUUCACUCUUGUUUGGCUGCUUCUAAUAUGAGACUAUACCACUUUCUCACUUUUCUUAAUUUUCAUCAAAGACCAAACCUCUCUUCUUUCAUUUCUUCUUUUCUUCAAAACAUGUCUUCAAUGAUUACCUCACAAGGUGCUGUCUUUGCAACCGCCAUGGCUGUCUCCGGCACAGUCAUCAUCCUUGCUCUCCGUCUUCAGAAAUCUCAAUUCUCUCUUCACCAUGUUUCUUCUUCUUCUUCUUCAACUCCUAUUCUACGUUCUUGUUUAUCUUCUGAUGAAAAGAAAACAAAGAAACUGAAGAAAAGAGUAAGUUUUGCUAAGGAUGUUGUGGAUUCAUGUAAAGACGGAGAAGAGUACAGAAAACAACAACAUCAACAACAACAUGGUACUAGUACUAUGAAUAAUACUAAACAUUCUUUGAAGUUGAAUUCAAGAUCAAAGGUUCAAAAGAAUUGUAAUGGUGGAAACGAGAACAGAGGAAUGCCUGCAAACAGAGCAGCUUUGUAUAAUGGAAUUCUUAGAGAUCGUGUGAAUCAACGAUUGGCUUAUUGUUGAAUUUGAUUUGUUUUUUGUGUUGUGUGAAUAUUCUGUGAUUAUGCUUCUUUUUAUUUUAUUUUUUCCUUUUUCUUUUCACUUUUUUCUUCUUUCUAGAAGCACAGUAAAAGUAGGAAAUAGAAGUUGAUCAAGGACCCACCACAAAAACAUAGUUGCAGUUAUUACCUCUUUUCUGUUAGGUGAAUUAGGAUUAGGAUUUGUCUUUUGAUAAUUAUGCGGUCAAUCCAAUGUUCAAAUUCUAGUUCGGUUGUGAUUGUAAUUUGUGACAUGUAAAUGCCAAAAUAAUAUAGUAGAUCUUGAAUGAAAAUACCAAGUUGUUGUUUUUAUUAA